GAGUACUCUAUGAUCACAUCCAGAUAUACCUAUGCUAGCUGAAAUUGCUGCUAAAGAGUGCAAAGGUUUGCCACUUGCACUCAUUACUAUUGGGCGAGCCAUGGCUGGUAAGAGUACACUGCAAGAAUGGGAGCGAGCGAUACAAAUGUUGAAGACUUAUCCAUCAAAGUUUUCAGAUAAUGAUCUUAUAAACCUCUGGAUUGGAGAAGGGUUUUUGGAUGAAUUUGACAACUUACAUGAAGCACGUAACCAAGGUCAUAACAUCAUUGAGCAUCUAAAGGUUGCAUGUCUAUUUGAGAGUGAUGAAGAUAAUCGAAUCAAGAUGCAUGAUGUUAUUCGUGAUAUGGCAUUGUGGUUAACUUCAGAUUAUUGUGGCAACAAGAACAAAGUCGUUGUAGAAGAAGAUGGUACUUUGGAAGCUCAGCAAAUUUUAAAGUGGAAAGAGGCAAAGCAAAUAUCACUGGGAUGUAAGUGUGGAAAAACUCGCUAUACCUCCAUCUUGUCCCAAUCUGAUAACUUUAAUUUUUGGAAGUGUUAUUCUGAAGACAUUUCCCUAUGAAUUCUUUCGUCUCAUGCCAAUCAUAAAAGUUUUGGACUUGUCAGGUACUCAAAUAACUGAGUUACCUGUUGGAAUUGAUAGAUGGUUACUUUACAAUAUCUCGAUUUGUCAUAUUCAAAGCUAAGAAAAUUACCUACUGAGCUUAAGUCUUUGAUAAGAAUAAGGUGUUUGAUAUUGGAUUAGAUGCCACGUCUUAAAACAAUUCCUAAGGAAUUAAUUUCCAAACUCUCAUCAUUGAAAUUAUUUAGCAUGCAAGUUGAAGGCAGAGAUCAUUUUUGUCAAGAUCUAGAUAUGGAAUUUAAUUAUUCACUUGACGAGGGGAAGAAAGCUCAUUAUUCGUCGAAAGAGGAGGAAGCUAUGGGAGGAUAAUAAAGCUAAUUAUUUAUGGCAGGAUAAUAAAGCAUUAUUAGAGGAGCUGGCAGGGUUGGAACACAUAAAUGAGGUCAGCUUUCCUAUAGAAGGUGCUUUGUCUUUUGAAAGUUAAUGAGGUCCCAAAAGCUACAGAAUGCUGAGAUGUUUAAGCCUUGGGAACUUGGAUGGUAUGGCCUCACUCCAAUUGCCAAGAAUGAAACAUCUACAUAUGCUAACAAUAGAGAGAUGACAGGAGUUGAAAGAAAUGAAAGUAGAUU